AUGCCCGUGGGAGGGUGCUGCGCGGGGUUUUUGACCGUCCCCCACCAACGCACUCACUGUUUCCGCCGGCCCUUCUGCGGUAUCCGCCGAAGCCUCGAUCUCCGCGUCUUCGCGCGACGGUACGCCCCAUUUUGUGCAGAGCGAUUCCGUGGAUCACUGACCACCCCUGCUCGCCACAACCUCCCUUCUGUGUUCGCCCCUUUGCUCGAGCGGCGGCCACGUCGACAUCUCAGCGCCCUCUGUCUGCCUGCCCUUCCCAAGGACGAUCCGAUCGCCGCAGUCUCUGCCUUCUUCGCCUUUCCCCCCACCCCAAUAAAUAAUCCCUUCGCCUUCUCGCCCGCCCCAAAACCCCUGCCCCGCACAGAAAAAUGUUCGGCUCAACCUUGA